UUUUACCAGCUGGUUUAUGUUAUUGUCAUUAAACUUAUUUUCAUUUGCAGAAAUUUUAAUCAUUCUAUACAAAUAUUCUGAUUGGUUUGUGCUAGAGUUAAAUUACUUAGAUUUGCGAGCGAAAGAAAUAGUAACCAGUAUGUCAAAGGCAGCGCCUACGGUACGUGUCGUCACUUACACGUAGUAGAAUACUCUACUUUGUAGCGUGUUCAUGACGCAACUGAUUAAAUUGCUAUGGCGGAGAAUUAGCGUGUGAUUAAAUUUAUUUACAAUUCUGCUCCGUCACUGCGUUCAAAUAAAUUUUAAUUCGAUUUUUAAUAAAAAUCAUGGAUAGCAAUAAAGAUGAGGCGGAACGGUGUAUGGAACUUGCAGAACGAUAUCUGCGAGAAAAGAAAUACGAGGAGGCUGAAAAAUUUGUACGUAAAGCACAAAAACUAUAUCCGACGAAAAAGGCAGAAGAUGUAUUGGCAAAAGUGACAGGGCUGUCAAAACAAAAUCAAAAGUCUGAGUCUGAACCUACUGUUAGAAAACGUCAAACUGCACCUAAAGAAGCCACAUGUAAUCAACCAUCUAGUGAUUAUACAAAGGAACAAUUACAACAUGUUAAAAGGAUUAAGAAAUGCAAAGAUUAUUAUGAAAUUUUGGGGGUAAACAAAGAUGCAACUGACAGUGAUAUUAAGAAAGCAUAUAAAAAACUAGCACUUCAGUUGCAUCCAGACAAAAAUAAAGCUCCAGGUGCUGCUGAAGCUUUUAAAGCUAUUGGAAAUGCUGUUGCUAUUCUCACUGAUGUGGAGAAACGAAAACAAUAUGACAUGUAUGGUCCUGAAGAGGAGAGGAUGCAAACUGCUCAAGCCCGUCAAAAUCAGACAGCUUACAAUUAUACAAGAGGAUUUGAAACUGACAUCACAGCAGAAGAAUUGUUUAAUAUGUUCUUUGGUGGAGGAUUCCCACAGCCAGAAUUUUAUGGGGGACGUGCUAGAAGGUGGACAAGGCAACAAGAUCAACAAGCUCAACAUGUUCAUUCUCAGCAAGCAAAUGGAUAUACCACAUUCCUUCAAAUGUUACCUGUACUGUUAUUAAUAUUAUUAACUAUGAUGAGCAGUUUCUUUAUAUCAGAUCCUGUAUAUAGCUUGCAUUCGAACGCAAAAUAUUCGGUACUGAGAACCACUCAAGGAUUAAAGGUGCCAUAUUAUGUCAAAGAAAACUUUCAUACUGAAUAUCAAGGCAGUUUACGUAGGCUAGAAAUUUCUGUCGAAGAAGAGUACCUGAAUAAUUUGAGACAUGCCUGUUUUAGAGAGAAAAACUAUAGGGAAUCAAUGAUGUGGAAGGCAAGAAACUUUGGAGAUCCAGAACUGUUUUCCAAAGCUAAAAAUAUUGAGACACCUUCGUGUAAGAGGGUACAAGAGAUGCAAGGAGCAUAGCGGCGCUAUAUAAUUGAAUAGAAUUUGUUGUAGAUAGGUGUAUAUUGUAUUUACACGUGUGUAGCUACUAUUGGAUGAAACGAAGAAUAUCAAGCAUAAAUAUGCAUGCGAAUAUAUUACGUAUUUUCGCAUAAAAAUUUGUAAAUGAUAUUCUUCUCGAUCUAUCAUGAAUUUUUACA